AUGUAUAGCGACUUCGACAUACCCGACUCGACGGACUGGCUAAACACACCUCUGAAAGACAUCGCCGAUCUGGAGAAUGCACUACACUGCCAGAUCUGCAAGGAAUUCUACGAUACCCCCAUGAUCACGUCAUGCUCUCACACUUUCUGCUCGCGAUGUAUUCGCACCAGUCUUUCCACCGACGGCAGAUGUCCAGCUUGCCGGACGGCGGACCAAGCGAGCAAGUUGCGCAAUAACUGGGCGCUGCAGGAAGUGGUUGGCGCAUUUCAAACGGCGAGACCUGCUGCGAUUAGUGUCGCGCGAAGGGAGCAAGAACAGACGCGAAGACCUGGGAAGCGGAAACGAGCUGUGUUGGACUCGGACGACGUUGCGCAGGCGCAAAGAGUGGGUCGGACGACCAGAAGUAAAAGUAGACGGCUGGCGGCGUCGCAGACGUCUGAGCCCGAGGUGAUGGAGAUUGAAGACACGGACGAGGAUGCGUCGUAUGAGCCUCAGCAACCGCCCGAGGAUGGAUUGGUGGAGUGUCCGUUAGGCUGCGGCAAGCGCAUGAAGAUCGAGCAGGUGGAACCACAUCUAGAUCGAUGUGAGGAGGAGCGCAAGCAGGAGGAGCAGCGACGGUCCGCGGCGCGAAGACCGCCUGCGAAUGGUGUUGGCAGUCCAGGACCGUCUUCGAGACAGAAAGGCACGGCCAGGCCGCAGGAACGCUUAGCAGAGCUGAAUUAUUCUCUGCUGAAAGAGCAGCCCAUGCGCAGGAAGCUGGAGGAGCUAGGCAUACCCGCCUGGGGCUCCAAGCAGCUCAUGGUCCGGCGGCAUACGGAAUGGGUGAACUUGUGGAACGCGAAUUGCGAUUCGGACCACCCACGAACGAAGCGCGAACUACUGCAUGACCUGGACACGUGGGAGAGGACACAGGGUGGCAAAGCGUCCACUGCGAAUGGAGGCCUUGCAAAUGGAGUGAUGCGCAAGGACUUCGAUGGCGUGGGUUGGGCGAGCAAUCACAGAGAUGACUUCAGCCGACUUAUUGCGGAUGCGAAGAGGAAGAAG